AUGACUGUUUUCUUAAAGGGAUUCUCCUUCACGGAUGCGUUCACAAUGAAUGACGAAAUGAACUUGCAGUCUGCUUUACUGUCUGGAUACAAAAGCAGACUGCGUCCUGGAACAGACAGAACCAUACCUCUGAACGUUUCUGUCUCGUUCCAUCUCUCCUUCAUAAAGGAAUUUGAUGAACACAGUGGAAAAUUUUCGGUUAAUGGAGUCUUUAUUCUUCAUUGGUACGACGAAAGACUUCAAUGGGACCCAAAUUCUUAUAACGGUACCAACCGUACCAUCCUUCCCCAAAACCAAAUAUGGAUACCAAAUUUCGUCAACAUCAAUCCUUACCACGAAGUCUCUGGACUAGGAAGCGAUUUGAUGACUGUGGACAUAGAAGCUUCUGGACUCUGUCGAUGGAUUCCCUUACAGACAUUCGAUGUUAUUUGUGAUGCAGACGUUACCAAAUAUCCCUUUGAUACACAGUACUGUACUUUGAAUUUCAUAUUAUGGGAACAAACACGAGACGCCGUAUUUAUAAGUAUUAGUGAAUCCGAGGUAGGACUUUCUCUGUACAAAGUACAUGGACUCUGGGACAUAGUAAAGACACAGCUAUAUACAAAAGUAAAUAUAUACAACGAUAAUGAAGUCAUCGUUGGAUUUUGGUUGAAUCGUAGGUCGUUGUACUACACAGUGUCCCUUAUUAUUCCGUUAUUAUCCAUUUCUAUGUUAAUGGGAUUUGUGUUUCUUCUACCCCCAGGAUCGGGGGAACGAGUUGGUUUUAUAACGACUGUGUUACUGUCCUACAUCGUGUUUUUGACCAUUAUUCAAGACAAGCUGCCCGAGUCUUCAGAACCGAAUAUAUCAGUGAUUGGUUACUUCCUUGUGGCGUGUGUGAUGAAUGGUUCUAUAACGACUGUUUGUGUCAUCGUUAGUUUGAGAUUCCAUACGUGUUCCGGCAUCAACGAUCCAAUCCCUCCCUAUCUCGCACGUCUCGCUAAGUGCAGAUCCAAAUCGAAAGUGCAACCAUUUGCAAUGGAUUUACCAGAUUCAAAGUCUGUAUCAUUGACCGAGGAUGAAGACUUUCCUAUUACUUGGUCAGAUGUUGGGGCUGGUUUUGAUAAAAUAUGUCUAACAGUAUGCGCUAUCCAGUGUGUUGUUACCACAUUGAUUUACCUUGGGAUUGUUUGUUUUUAG